UUGCAGCAGGAUUGUUCACCAGUUAAACUCCCAUCGCGGGCUGUGCCUGUUCUGGUUUGAGGGGUUUUUCCCUCAGUGUUCAGCCACCAGCUCACCUGCAGAAACCAAACCAUGCGCUCCCGGGCUGCGCUCCCCCGGUUUACCUCCCUCCUAUUUCUCCUCUUCCUUCCCCUUGUUUUCUCAUCCUCUCGCCCCCAGUGGAUUCUCCAGCGCAUCCCUGUGAUCCUCCCACAGCAGACGGAGGCUCGACCAGCCCCUCACUUCCUAUCUCCGGCCCGCUUGGAUGUCAGCUCCCCCUGUGACCCAGAAUGCCACAAGAGAGCCCCUCGCCCGAGCUACUGGGACCUGCGCCGUCUUCUGGCCUAUGAGACACUCAACUCUGAUGGUCAACUUACUGAGACCGCUAUUGGGAUCUAUGGCUACAACCCCACAUCUAACAUCAGUCCGGCCUACUCCUCAGGGUCGCCUGGGAAGGCUGAGCGGUCACAUGUCAGAAGAAAGCGACAGAUCUUCGGGCAUGAUGGCCGUUUUAGCAUUGCUGGGCAGAACUUCCUGCUUAAAUAUCCAUUUUCAGUGGCUGUCAAACUGUCCACUGGGUGUUCUGGUACAUUGGUGGGGGACCGUCAUGUGCUCACAGCUGCUCAUUGUGUUCAUGAUGGUAAAAAUUAUGUGAAAGGAGCCCAGAAGCUUCGUGUUGGGUUUUUAAAACUCAAGCAACGAGACACACAGUCUUCUUUCUUUUCCCUUCCCUCCAACUUCACCAACUAUGUUGAAGGUGGCCCUGCUCCUUACGCCCCACCAACCAACAACAAAAUGAAGUUCCAGUGGAUAAGAGCCAAGCGCACCCAUGUUCCCAAAGGAUGGAUUAAGGGGAAUGCUAAUGAUAUUGGCAUGGACUAUGACUACGCUUUGCUUGAACUCAAGAAACCCCACAAACGCCGCCACAUGAAGUUAGGAGUCAGCCCCCCGGCUCAGAGGCUGCCUGGUCGACGAGUCCACUUUUCAGGAUUUGAUAAUGACCGUCCAGGCCAGCUGGUGUAUCGGUUCUGUCGCGCCGGUGAGGAGACGUCAGACCUGCUGUACCAGCAUUGUGAUGCUCAGCCCGGUGCCAGCGGGUCAGGAGUCUAUGCCCGGAUGUGGGAUCGGCGCCGCCGGAGCUGGGAGCGGAAGGUGAUCGGUGUGUUUUCUGGGCAUCAGUGGGUGGAGCGACAAGGGGCGUCUCAGGAAUUUAAUGUGGCGGUGAGAAUCACGCCUCUCAAAUAUGCUCAGAUCUGCUACUGGAUAAAAGGAAACUUUGUGGACUGCCGAGAGGGUUGAGGAGAAGGUGGAGAGUGAGGAUGACAAAGGAGUGUAGCUACGAAACCAUAGGCCCACUACAUACAUCAUACUGCAAUAAUGGGGCCACAAGAAUCCACACUUUCCCCUCACUACUUGCAGCACUGGCAUCAAUGUAAAUAUCAAAAUGUUGUUUGUUGCCCCCAUUCUGAGACAUAAAUACAAAACUGACAGACACAAAUCCAGUGAUGACACUAAAUUAUGUAAAGAGGGCGUGUUCAUGUAAUUUAUGCUUAGUUUUGCAUCUUCACUCACAUUUCUAAAAUACGAAAAAGUUAGUUAAAUUGGUGUUAACUGGGGAAACAUUUAGGUCAUGUGGUUUAACAGAAGCAGGUUUAUCUGCUUCUUGGAAAAUUCAUCUAGAUUCUGGUCAGGACGACCCUCAAGAUCUCAAACAUAGACUGAUGUAAAAAUAUGUUUUGGAACAAAAGGCCCUCAGAUUACAAAAUGCAGGACUGGGAAAACUGUUUCACUAUGCAUUAUAGCCUUUUUAUUGUGCUAACACUAAAGAUUGCACUGUUUAAACUCUUGAAGACAUUUUUCUACUGAAAAUUAUGACUUUUGUGGAUGAAUGUACAAGUCAGCUACCAAAGGUGCCAACAGUUUCUCUCCAAACUAUCAUAUAGGUUCUCUCAGUGGACACACUAAUUAUCUACAGUGUCUAGUGUUUUGGAAGAACGUUCAACUUGUUACACAGAAUGAUAUCAAAUGACUGCAGAUGACUCUUCAGAUUACUUAUGUGAAGCACAUUUUGUUGAAUGUCGUACUUUAAUGCUUAGCUCCCUCUGGUGGCAAAGAUAAAACAUUGCAGGUGUCUGCAAUGAAUAUUCUGCCAACUUAGCCUAGGCCUACAUAAGCACUUUUUACUUUCUCCUUGUUUAACAUUUGUGAAAUUGCAUUAUUUGUAUUUCAGAAACUGAAGACUGUGGCAAAUUUAAUAAGUAUAUGCUUUAAAAUAAACAACUGUGUCCCAUA